CCCCAGUCCGUCUCACUCCUCCCCUUCCAGUCUUCUGUCCUCUGGAUGAACUCUUUUUAAAAUCACUCACUCUCAGUCCCCACACACACACACUCACUCUCAGUCUCUCUCAGCUGAAACAGACUACCUCUCUCCCGCGGCGCUCACCAGAACAGAAAACUACUUUCCUUCAUGGCGGCGAGUCUCACCGGAGACAGGAUCCAACCGGACUGUGAUCUAACCGGACGGGCGCGAGCUGCAGAGGGAUUCACUAUGCUAGGGAAGAGAGGGAUAUCAGUGGUCCUGCUAUCGGUGGCUGUUGGGGUCUACCUCCUCCCCUCACCCAUAAACCCUCAGCCUUACAUAUUCAAGGGACCCCCUCCGCUCCUGGAGGGCCCGCUGGCUGUCAACACCAGACUACAGAACGGACGCAGGCUGUUCACUGGACAACUGCAUGGACCAGAAUCCUUCACUGCGGACCCGGAGGGUAACGUGUACACAGGGACGGUGGAUGGGAAGCUGUGGAGGAUCCAUCAGGAGACUCUAACCCUCAUCACCCACAUGGGACAGGACUUACAGGAGUGUGGUAGCAGGACAGACUAUGAGCCAGUCUGUGGUCGUCCUCAUGGUGUGCGGUUGGACAGUGGUGGUCAGCUGAUCGUAGCGGACUCCUACUUUGGGCUGUUUUCUGUUGACCCCCAGACUGGACACAAGACCCUGCUACUGGACAGCAAGACAGGAGCUGACGGGGUUCCGUUUGCGUUCCUGAACGGGUUGGAGAUCUCCUCUCAGACUGGGAUCAUUUACUUUACAGACUCCUCCUCUCGCUGGGGACGACGACACGUCAAACUAGAGGUGAUAGAGACCAACGCUCUGGGUCGACUCCUGACCUUUGACCCCGUGUCAGGGCAUGUGGGUGUCCUACUGGAUGGUCUCUACAUGCCCAAUGGCAUCGCCCUGUCACCUGACGAGAGCUUCCUGCUGCUGGCCGAAACCAGCAUCGGGUGUAUCCUCAGGUACUGGCUGAAAGGCCCCAAGGCUGGCACCGAGGAGGUCAUCAUGAACAAUAUGCCCGGUUACCCUGACAACAUCCGCCUUAGCGACCGUGGAACCUUCCUGGUUGGCCUAACGACCACACGCUUCAGGAAGCUCAUGCCUCCAUUCCUGGACCUGAUUGGUCCGUACCCAGCGGUCAAACGCUUUCUGGCUAAGGUGGUUCCUCUGAGCUGGUACAACAUGCUGUUGCCUAGAUACGGCCUGGUGUUGGAGUUGGACGGGGAAGGGGAGGUGCUGGGGAGUCUCCAUGACCCUACAGGCAGCCUGACCUGGGCCGUCAGCGACGUGUUCUCCCACCAGGGGAGACUCUACCUGGGUAGCACCGACCUGCCCUUCCUUCCUGUCCUGGAGGACUGGAGCUAACCACUAACUUCUGCUGCAGGCCUCUCAUACUAGGCCUGGGGGGGGCUGGGGGGGAGUU